AUGGAAGCCGAUGAACAACUGUACCCUAUCGCAAUCCUCAUUGACGAGCUCAAGUCGGAUGAUGUGACACUGCGCUUGAACUCGAUCCACCGCAUCUCGACCAUUGCACUGGCACUAGGGCCAGAGCGGAGUCGUGAUGAGCUGAUUCCGUUCUUGCACGAGUCGCUGGACGACGAGGACGAGGUGCUCCUUGCAUUGGCGGAGGAACUUGGUGUCAGUUUCGUCGAGUAUUUGGGUGGACCAGCGCAUGCCCAUCUUCUGCUCGGACCGCUAGAGAACUUGGCCGCAGUCGAAGAGACGGUUGUCCGAGAGAAGGCGUGUGAUUCGAUCAAUCAGAUCGCUGACAUUAUGAACGAGCAGCAGGUGCAAGACCACUAUCUGCCGCUCUUGAAGCGCCUCUCGUCCGGCGAAUGGUUUACGUCACGCACGAGUGCCGCCCUUCUUUUUGCUGCCGUCUAUGAGAAAGUUCCUCUUGCUAUGCGCACCGAUAUGCACAACAUGUUUGUCACACUGUGUAUGGAUGAAACACCCAUGGUCCGCCGCGCUGCCGCGCGCGAUAUGAGUGCUCUUAUCAAGCGCAUGUCGCCUGAAGUGAUUGUAAAUGACAUGCUUCCCCUGUAUCGCCGCUUGUCCACUGAUGAUCAGGACUCUGUGCGUUUGCUGACGGUGCAGGAUCUUGUGGCCAUGGCCGAGAAGCUCGGUCCCGCAGAGACGCAGCAGCUUUUGCUUCCAUCUAUAUGCGCCACGUUUCAGGACAAGAGUUGGCGUGUGCGUUACAUGGCGGCGGACCACUUUGUCCAGUUGGCCUCGGCUGUGGAUGAGAACGUCAUAAAGGAGGAUCUCGUGCCUGCCUUCAUCAAUCUUAUGCGUGAUGCUGAAGCUGAAGUCCGCACCGCUGCUGCUGGGCAGAUCCCUGGUCUUGCCAAGCUGCUCGACCAGACAACGAUUAUCGAGAGGCUGCUGCCUGUCACCAAAGAGUUGGCUGAUGAUCUUUCUCAGCAUGUGCGUGGCGCAUUGGCCGCGCAAGUCAGCGCGCUUGCACCACUUCUUGGCAAGGAGGCUACAACUGAGUACCUUUUGCCGCUGUUCCUCCAGCUGUUGAAGGACGAGUUCCCCGAGGUGCGCCUCAACAUCAUCUCACGUCUCGAACAAGUGAACGAGGUGAUUGGCAUCGAAUUGCUAUCGCAGUCGCUGCUGCCUGCCAUCAUGACGCUUGCCGAAGACAAGCAAUGGCGCGUGCGCCAGGCGAUUAUCGAGAAUAUCCCGCUACUUGCACACCAGCUGGGCGUCAAGUUUUUCGACGAGCAGCUGAGUGGGCUGUGCAUGAGCUGGCUUGGCGAUACCGUCUUCAGCAUCCGCGAAGCAGCUACGGUGAAUCUAAAAAAACUGACGGAAGUAUUUGGCGUCGAAUGGGCUCGCCAGUCGAUCAUUCCCAAGGUUCUUCAAAUGAGCUCGCACCCGAACUACUUGUAUCGAAUGACGACCAUUUUUGCUGUGACUACCAUGUCCCAGUCCCUCGACUCCGACACGAUCAUCAACUUUAUCCUUGGUGCUCUUUUGAACAUGGUACAAGACCCCAUUCCCAAUAUUCGUUUCAAUGUGGCCAAGGCAUUCGAGGCGCUUAUCCAUGAACUAGAGUCUUCGCCCGCCGGUGUUCUUGUCAUCAAGGACCAGAUCGUCCCUGCUUUGCAGACUCUCCAUGAUGACCGUGAUGCCGAUGUGCGCUACUACGCGCAGCGUGCCUUACAAGCUGCGCAAGCCUUGUAG